UAAACAAACAGCCACGUGCGGGGCAGCAGCAGCAGCCUUCAUCCGCCUCACCUGCGCCUUCCUCAGGAAGACGAGGCAGCUGACGCGCCUGUCAAGCCCUCACAGGACGACUGUAUCGCCGCGGCCCUAAACAAUAACACCAGCAUCCUCCUGAAACCCUGAAGAAGACUCCCCAUGGCCCAACCAGUCUCCGCGCUCGGCUUCCAAGUGGUGGGUCUGCGGUUCAGGGCUGAGAGCAAGGCCGCCCACCAGCUGCUCUUCAAGCAACACUCGGUCCGCACACACAGCGACAGCAAGCCCCCGGACCGCACCCUCUUCAUCGUCAAUGUGCCGCCAUACUGUACUGAGGAUUCGUUUGUGCAUUUGUUCUCGGCAUACGGCAAGGUGCGGGCGGUCUUCUUCCACAAACGGCCGACUUCUGGACCACCGCCCCAGACCAAACACCCAAACUUUGCAUCGGUCCCGCCUGUCCUGGGGUUCAAGGUUGCCUAUGUCGUGUUCAGUCACCCGUCGGCCCUCAAGAAGGCCCUGUCGCUGCCCCCGAACACUGUGCUCACCCUGGCCUCGGACGAACACCCGGUGCUGACUGGCGUGAAGAAAUGGCAGCAGGAGUACAACAGAAGCUUCGUCCCGCGCCAGGAGUUGUCGGCCGAGGUGGCGAGCGUCAUGGCGGACUAUGAUGCAAGGAAGGAGAGGGAGAAGGCCGAGGGUCAACAGGAGCCUGACAGCGAGGGUUGGGUCACUGUGGUCUCGGAGAAGAAAAAGAAGCCUCAGCUGGAGAAGGUGGAGGAGGUGACGAAGAAGAAGAACAGUCGCAAGAAGAAGAAGAAGAAGCAAGAGAUCGUCCAUUUCUACAGCUUCCAACAGAGACAGGCCAAGAUGGAUCAUCUGGCUCAGUUGAGGAAGAAAUUUGAAGAGGACAAGAACAGGAUUACACAGAUGAGGAUGUCCAGAAAAUUCAGACCCUAUUGAGUGUGUGUGUGUGUGUGUGUGAUUGAUUUUCUUAUAUAAUGGAUGUUUAAAAAGGUCAUUAUUUUUCUCAGUAAGUUGUUCGUAUCAAAAACUAAAUCAGCUGAAAUAAUCCUGUUGAAAUAAUGGCAGAAAGCUGUAUUUUUAUUAUUAUUAUUGUUAUUAAAUUUAAGGAAUCUAAA